CCAAAGCCGCAAAUAAUGCUGUCCUCCACCGCUCUCCGGCCGCUGUCGCCGGCGACGACGCCGGCGUACUCCGCCACCCACACCGCCACGAGCUCAGUGGCUUGGCCCCGCGCUGUGGUGGUGCGCGCGCUGCGGGACUACGGCUCGAUCCCGAAGCGCGAGCCCUUCAGCUCCAGCCGCAGCAUCCUCGACGAGUUCUUCAAGCAGGAGAAGCCCCUCGUGCAGCGCACCAAGGACCAGAUCACAGAUUAUUGCACGACCCUUGAAGGCGAUGAAUGUUGCAGCUGCUGGGAUGCCUAUUUUGAACUCAAUGAACUUGAGAAAGAGCUACCCCAAGAUGAUAUUGCGAGGAUGGUGAAGGAGUCACGGUCAGAUCCAAAGUACCUUAUCAGUAGCAUCCAUCACCGUUCAGACUUACGGAAGAAAAUGGCCGAGAAAGCUCAGAGUUCAGUACCAGCAAGCUCCUCGGUGCAGGCAACGAAGCCGAGGCCUUUCCCCGUCCCCGAUGGGUUGCCGAAAACGCAGGAAGAGAUCGACGAGGAAGAGGGGGCUCUCAUGCCGGAGUCCUCGUACACGAGGCUGCUGAGAAGAAUGGGGAGGUAUCCUGACUGGUAUACCCCUCGCCCAGACCAUGAAACUGACUGAAUAGGAGCACAGCGCCAUGAAUCAGGCUUCCAAAAUGUACAGCAUGAAGCUCUGUCUGCUGGCAUCGAGCAUGGAAGCUUGGAUUGUUGUUGCCCGCUUAGUUUUUCUUUAGGGAUGUUGCCUGCUUUAGUUGGCGCUUGCUGAAUGGAUAAAUGAACUAUGUAUAAUGAGUGUGCUUUGUUCUGUUGAGUUCUUCACUUCAGGAUUCAGAUAACUCCUCUUGUGCCGUUUGCGAGUAUGAUAUCUGAUGACGUAUCUCUGAAUAUACAUGUUUGGGGAAUAAGAGCUCUUGACUGUUACUUA